AAGAACCACACAGAAGAGUGUCAUCCUCUUCUCCUUCUCUUUCUCCCAGUUAGGGACGUGGGCGGGAAGAUGAACAGGAAGCCGGGAGACUGGAACUGCAGGUCCUGCCAACACCUCAACUUCAGCCGCCGGGACUCGUGCCAGCGAUGCGGCGACCCGAGGAUGAGCGUGGACAGGUCCGAGUACGCCGCCUUCGGUGGCCGCGGCGGGCCAUCGUUCGGCUUCAGCGGCUCCGACGUCCGCCCCGGUGACUGGUACUGCUCCUGCGGUGCCCACAACUUCGCCAGCCGCUCCAGCUGCUUCAAGUGCGGCGCCUUGAAGGAUGACUCCGCCGUCGGCGGCGGCGGCGGAGGCUGCGGCUUCGACGGCGACGUGCCACGCUCGCGGGCGUUCGGGUUCGGCGGUGGGCGUGCCGGGUGGAAGUCCGGAGACUGGAUCUGCAACAGGUCGGGCUGCAACGAGCACAACUUCGCAAGCAGAAUGGAAUGCUUCCGCUGCAGUGCACCGAGGGAUUCAGGCAAUGAAGUCUAAGGAGAAGAUGAAGAAGUGAGCGAUGGAAGAGAGCUUAUCAUACAGCAGUAAUAUCAAGUUAUAAUAACUAGUUUUGUCUUUUCGAUCACUCCCAUGUUGUGUCCCCUUCUCUCAGUUCUCGUU